UGUGCGGCGGGGACCGCGACGAGCCCGGGUCGCCGUUGGCAGCAGCAGCAGCAGCCCCGGCGGCGGCGCGGACCCCGAGUGCCCGGGCGCACCCCGGCUCCCCGCAGCGCAACACGGCAGCAGCACCGGUGUGGCCGCGCGCGCCUUAGGCUCGGCCCCGCAGCUCUGAGACCCCGACUCUCGGCCCAGCCAGCGAGUCCCCAGGCGCCGCCCGAGAGCCCCGGGAGGCAGCGGCCGCGGGCAGCCGGACCGGGGGGCGGCCACCGCCCGCGCCGGGCAUCCUCGGGAACCCCGGAGCGCAGAGGGUGCUGCGCCACCGAGCGGUGCUGGCCCCCGCGGGCCUCCGCGGACCUUCCCCACCUCCUGGGCCCGAGGGACGCGUGCUCAGGCGGGCAGGCGGGCGAAAGGGUGGGAGGGAGACGCCCCCGCCCGCGCCCCCUCCGCCCCUCACUCCAGCCCCUCCACGCCGGGCCCGGGCGGCGCGGCCUGAAGCUCUGGUGAUGGCCAGCCCGCCGCUGCACGGGCCCCCGGGGCCGGCGAGCGGAGACGGCCCCAACCUCAACAACAACAACAACAACAACCACGGCGUGCGCAAGUGCGGCUACCUGCGCAAGCAGAAGCACGGCCACAAGCGCUUCUUCGUGCUGCGCGGGCCCGGCGCGGGCAGCGACGAAGCGACAGCGACAGCGGGCGGGGGGUCGGCGCCGCAGCCGCCGAGGCUCGAGUACUAUGAGAGCGAGAAGAAGUGGCGGAGCAAGGCGGGCGCCCCGAAACGGGUGAUCGCGCUCGACUGCUGCCUGAACAUCAACAAGCGCGCGGACGCCAAGCACAAGUACCUGAUCGCCCUCUACACCAAGGACGAGUACUUUGCGGUGGCGGCAGAGAACGAGCAGGAGCAGGAGGGCUGGUAUCGCGCGCUCACAGACUUGGUCAGCGAGGGCCGCGCGGGUGCUGGCGACGCGCCCCCCAACGCCGCGGCCACCUCCGGGUCCUGCAGCGCCUCCUUGCCGGGCGCCCUGGGCGGCUCAGCCGGCGCCGCCGGGGCCGAUGACAACUACGGGCUGGUGUCGCCCGCCACGGCCGCCUACCGCGAGGUGUGGCAGGUGAACCUGAAGCCCAAGGGUCUGGGCCAGAGCAAGAACCUGACGGGCGUGUACCGCCUGUGCCUGUCGGCGCGCACCAUAGGCUUCGUGAAGCUCAACUGCGAGCAGCCGUCGGUGACGCUGCAGCUCAUGAACAUCCGCCGCUGCGGCCACUCCGACAGCUUCUUCUUCAUUGAGGUGGGCCGCUCAGCGGUCACUGGCCCCGGCGAGCUGUGGAUGCAGGCCGACGACUCGGUGGUGGCGCAGAACAUCCAUGAGACCAUCCUGGAGGCCAUGAAGGCGCUCAAGGAGCUCUUCGAGUUCCGGCCGCGCAGCAAGAGCCAGUCGUCAGGGUCGUCAGCCACGCACCCGAUCAGUGUCCCCGGCGCGCGGCGCCACCACCACCUGGUCAACCUGCCCCCCAGUCAGACCGGGCUGGUGCGCCGCUCCCGCACCGACAGUCUGGCCGCCACCCCGCCGGCCGCCAAGUGCAGCUCAUGUCGAGUGCGCACAGCCAGCGAGGGCGACGGUGGCGCGGCAGCGGGGACCGGGGCUGCGGGCGGCAGGCCGGUGUCGGUGGCCGGGAGCCCCCUGAGCCCCGGGCCGGUGCGCGCGCCCCUGAGCCGCUCGCACACCCUGAGCGGCGGCUGCGGUGGCCGCGGGAGCAAAGUGACGCUGGCGCCGGCAGGGGGCGCCCUGCAACACAGCCGCUCCAUGUCCAUGCCGGUGGCGCACUCGCCCCCGACCGCCACCAGCCCGGGCAGCUUGUCGUCUAGCAGCGGGCACGGCUCGGGCUCCUACCCGCCGCCUCCGGGUCCCCACCCGCACCUGCCGCACCCCCUGCACCACCCCCCAGGGCAGCGGCCCUCCAGCGGCAGCGCCUCAGCCUCCGGCUCCCCCAGCGACCCCGGCUUCAUGUCCCUGGACGAGUAUGGCUCCAGCCCUGGCGACCUGAGAGCGUUCUGUAGCCACAGGAGCAACACGCCCGAGUCUAUCGCCGAGACCCCCCCGGCCAGGGACGGCAGCGGGGCCGAGCUGUACGGGUACAUGACCAUGGACAGGCCCCUGAGCCACUGUGGCCGCCCCUACCGCAGAGUCUCAGGGGACGGGGCCCAGGACUUGGACAGAGGGCUGAGGAAGAGGACUUACUCCCUGACCACACCUGCCCGGCAGCGGCCGGUGCCCCAGCCCUCUUCUGCCUCUUUGGAUGAAUACACCCUGAUGCGGGCCACCUUCUCCGGCAGCUCAGGCCGCCUGUGCCCGUCGUGCCCCGCAUCUUCUCCCAAAGUGGCCUACCACCCCUACCCGGAGGACUAUGGGGACAUCGAGAUUGGAUCCCACAGGAGCUCCAGCAGUAAUCUAGGGGCGGACGAUGGUUACAUGCCCAUGACCCCUGGCGUGGCCGUCUUGGGCAGUGGCGGUGGCAGCUGCAAGAGCGAUGAUUACAUGCCCAUGAGCCCCACCAGCGUGUCUGCCCCAAAGCAGAUUCUGCAGCCCAGGGCGGCCCCUGCAGCCUUGCCUCCCACAGGAAGCGCUGUGCCAGCGCCCACCUCUGUGGCCAGCAGGACCUUUGCAGGGAACGGGGGCAGCUACAAGACCAGCUCCCCUGCGGAGAGCUCCCCCGAGGACAGUGGGUACAUGCGGAUGUGGUGUGGUUCCAAGCUGUCCGUGGAGAAUGCUGACAGCAAGCUGCUUUCCAACGGGGACUAUCUCAACAUGUCCCCCAGCGACGCGGGCACCUCCGGUACUCCACCCGACUUCUUCUCUGCAGCCUUGCACGCCGGGGGCGAGAUGCUCAAAGGCGUCCCUGGCUACUGCUACAGCUCUCUGCCCCGCUCCUACAAGGCCCCGUACACCUGCGGCGGGGGCAACGACCAGUAUGUGCUCAUGAGCGCCCCCGUGGGGCGGAUCCUGGAAGAAGAGAGGCUGGAGCCGCAGGCCAGCCCGGGGACCACUCCCUCUGCCAGCGCUUUUGGGGCUGGUGGGGGUGGCCACACCCAGCCUCAUCACCCAGUAGUGCCUUCGCCUGUGAGGCCGAGUGGCAGCGGCCGCCCAGAGGGCUUCCUGAGCCAGCGCUGUCGAGCCGUGAGGCCCACGCGGCUGUCCCUGGAGGGGCUGCAGACCCUGCCCAGCAUGCACGAGUACCCUCUGCCGCCAGAGCCCAAGAGCCCCGGCGAGUACAUCAACAUUGACUUUGGCGAGGCGGGAGCCCGCCUGUCGCCGCCUGCCCCUCCGCUGCUGGCGUCGGCGGCCUCGUCCUGCUCGCUGCUGUCCGCUGGCAGCCCGGCUUCGUCCCUGGGCUCGGGCACGCCGGGCACCAGCAGCGACAGCCGGCAGCGCUCCCCGCUCUCCGACUACAUGAACCUCGACUUCAGCUCGCCCAAGUCACCCAAGCCGGGCACCCAGAGCGCGGACCCCGUGGGCUCUUUGGACGCCCUCCUUUCCCCCGAGGCCGCCUCUCCAUACCCGCCGCUGCCCCCACGCCCUCCCGCCUCGCCAGCGUCCCUGCAGCAGCCGCCGCCCCCGCCGCCCCCAGGGGAGCUCUACCGCCUGCCUCCAGCUUCAGCUGUGGCCACCACCCAGGGCCCUGGCACUGCCUCGUCAUUGUCCUCCGAGACUGGGGACAAUGGUGACUACACCGAGAUGGCCUUUGGCGUGGCUGCCACCCCGCCACAACCCAUCGCGGCCCCUCCAAAGCCGGAAGGUGCCCGCGUGACCAGCCCUACGUCAGGCGUGAAGAGGCUGAGUCUUAUGGAUCAGGUGUCGGGGGUCGAGGCCUUCCUGCAGGCCAGCCAGCCCCCAGACCCACACCGGGGUGCCAAGGUCAUCCGUGCAGACCCGCAGGGGGGCCGCCGCCGCCACAGCUCGGAGACCUUCUCCUCGACCACAACCGUCACCCCCGUGUCCCCAUCCUUCGCCCACAACCCUAAGCGCCACAACUCGGCCUCGGUGGAAAACGUGUCUCUCAGGAAAGGCAGCGAGGGCAGCGGCGGCGUCCUCGGCGGGGGCCCAGGAGGCGGCGAAGAGGCACCCAUGUCCCCCCGACAGCUGCAGCCGUCACUUCCGGUGCCCUCUCUCCCGCCGCAGGCCCGCCCACGGGCCCCAGCUCCGCCAGGGGGCUUGGUCGGCUGCCCUGGGGGCAGUGGUUCUCCAAUGCGCAGGGAGACCUCUGCCGGCUUCCAGAAUGGUCUCAACUACAUUGCCAUCGACGUGAGGGACGAGCCGGGGCUGACCCAGCCGCAGCCGCAGCCAGGAGACAAGAGCUCCUGGGGGCGGACCCGUAGCCUUGGGGGUCUCAUCAGCGCUGUGGGCAGUGGCAGCAGCGGGGUGUGUGGGGGGCCGGGCCCUGGCGCCCUGCCCUCUGCCAACACCUAUGCCAGCAUUGACUUCUUGUCCCAUCACUUGAAGGAGGCCACGAUUGUGAAAGAGUGAAGAUAUGUCUGGCUUUAUCACCAUGAGGUCACACAUCAGAGAACAUCGAUAAAAAAAGAUGCUCCGAAGUUUUUUCAAUCUGAAGCUGCUUACGGUUUUUCUUUUGGCUCCGAGCAAUUCCUGCGUUUGGAAAGCGCUGCGGGCCUUGCUAGACAAGGAACCCACCAGGCAAGGUCACCUGCCUCUCUCACUUGUUCCCAUAUGGGGCAUUCAUCAUUGUGCUGUGUGUGUUUUGUUUCGUUUUUUUAAACAAAAUUAGCUGAAGAAGUCAUUCUCAAGAAAAUUGGAUAUUGUCAUGGGCCUCCUUAAAUUGUGGGCAGUGUCUUAAUUUCUUCUUACUUUCGCUUUGGCAAAGCAAAUGUAUCCCUCAGCAUGCUAGGAGAUUCUCCCGAUACCCGUUCAAGUGGUAAAAUCUGGUAUGUACUGGCUUACCCUCAAGACUACCACAGUCCUACCUCAGUUCAAGGUAAAGCCGGAUUUGCGUGGUCGGGGCACCGUGGGACCUCCCGUGCACCUCUGCUCCUGUGUCUGAAGUGUGGUCGUCGGCCUUAUCGAACUGGUUCAAGUAGACUGCUGCUUGUCGGACUCCGAUCCAGGUACCUGCGAUGUUUACUUACACACAGAGCCCAGCGUGGGACUGAUGUUUCUCAACGAGAGUGAAAUUUGGGAUUGGACUUCGAAGACGCAUUCAUAAAUAAUAAUUAUUAUUAUAUGUAACUGAAGCAACCUACUUUUGAAAAUCAUCAACUGUAUUGGGUAGUGGGGGUGGGUGGGAGGGAAAGGGUUUGGGAAGGGGGUGAAUAUCUCUUUUUACCUUGAACAGACUUGUUUAAUCUUCUCUAUGUAGAUGUUUAUGUAGGUACUUCAGAUUGCAAAAGCCUUUUAUCCUAUUUACAAGCUCAAAUGUCUCUGCUAUCCUUAAUCUUGGGCUUGCAUUUCUUUAACCAAAAAUUCAUGUAGGCAUGCUAGCAAUUCCAGGGUGGUCUGGGUUUGGCAGAUUUAAUUUUUAAAAAUGUAUUAUCUUUAAUAUAAUGCUAUUAUGUUGGCCAACGAGUCUGCCCUGAACAAAAAAGAAAAAAAAAGAAAAAAGAAAAACAAACAAAAAAAAAAACAGAAAGAAAGGAAAAGAAAUAAAAUGAUAAAAAGAGGCAUUCAAGCCCCUAUGUUAUUAAUGGAAAAAGAAAAAGAAGAAAAACAAUCUCGCCGUACAUGUUACUUGUCAAAAAAAAAUUCCUGACAAGGCUACCCUUGUUUUAUGUUUUCAGUGUUCUGAAAAUAUCAGUGUUGUGGCAAUUAUCGCAGAUGUCACCUAAAACUGCUGAACGUGGCCGGCAGAGUGUUCUGCCAUCUUGCUGCUCCCUUGACACGUGAUCGGAGAGCGUUGGCCUCUUCCUCGUGGGGGCACCCCCAGUGCCUGUCUUCUCUGAUUGUCAGUGGAGAGGUUACACUAAUUCAUUGGAGGUGUGAGUUGUUGGGUUUCUUUUUUCUUUUGAGAAAAAUAUAUAUAAAUAUAUAGAUAUAUAUCACUAUAGAAUAAUGCAUUAAUGAGGCUUUUUUAGAGGAAGACCAAAAAAUUCAAUGUCUUAAAAGUAUAUUUAAUGGCAAUGCAAAAGUCUUCCUGCUUCCAUGCUGAACUUUAGAACAGAGGAUUGUAUUGCAAGACAAAGUUGAAUGUAAAGCGAUCCCCUGAACAUUUUUAAGGUUUUACUUUUCUGAAAUCGUACAUCACAGCAGUGCACAGGCCAUACGAUGUUAGUUUGAAGGUCAGUUUCAGUGUAUGAUAUACUUUAUUAAGAUGUAUAAAAUGUCCUAAAGUUUUUAUCUAGUUUUGGGAAUAGGAAUCGAUGGGUGGUAUUUGCUUUGUAACUCCCCCUGCCAGGUACAAUAGGACUGAAUGUGGACCCUGCUGAAUACAGUGAAUUGACACAUAUUUAACUAGCCCUCUGUACUUAGGGUAGUCAUGACACUAUACCAAUGGUUCAUGUUCACACUGCAACUUAAAACAAGCAAACUAAAAAGUGGGUAAUAUACGAAAUUUUCUUCUAUCCUGUACAUUUCAAAAAAAAAAGGCAUAUGCAAUAUUUACAUUUUUAAUUUAGUUUACAGAAUGGAACCAAAAUGUGUAAAUGUUAUGUUUGCUAAAACUUCACGAUGUAUAUUGGGUCUUUGUACAUUUUGCCUGACUUACCUUAAAUUUGAAAUAUUUUUUGCUAUAUAAACUUUAACAGUUAUUAAACAGUGUUUUCUUUUUGGGUACGUAUUGUUUCUGGAUAUCAAGAUGUUAAAUAUAUUUCUUGCUAUUGUGAUAUGACAAGAGACUUAACUUAUCUUGCUCUGUCUUCCACUGUACACGCUGUAUAUAGGGGUCGAUGUGAUGCUGCUGGGGACAAGAAUAAACUGGACUAGAAUAGUGCAUUGUAUUUAGUCUGUAUUGAUCAUGGAUGCCCUCCUUAAUAGCCAUAUGCAAUAAAAUAAAAUACAUUAUUUAUGAAGUGAA